UGACAAAUCUGGCAGGAUCCUUGCUCCAUUACAUGAACUGCACAGCUGUUAACAUUACUCAAUUCAUUCGGAUGCUUUUUUCUUGCAGGAUAAUUUACGCUCAAAAGAGGAACUCAGAAGUGUUCUGUUUCAUAUUCCCACCUAGCUAUGAAACCCAGUAAGAAUCAGCUGCGAAGGGCAAAGAGGAAAGCUCUGAAGUCUCAGGCUUGUGCGAUUGAGAAUAAUCAUGAAACACCUGUUGUGCAAUCCUCAGGCCAACGCGUUUCUUCACCUACAGAGCUUCCAACCGUGACAACCAAUAGCUUCGAAGAAUCUGUGAAUUUGGAAGGUGAAAAUUCGCUAUGGACUAUGUAUAAGGAUGUCAUGGGCAGAUUCGACGACUUGGAAGAUGGGAACUCGAUAAUAAGAGAACUUCCAAAGCCUAUCAUCUAUUUUGACGAUGAUAAUGAAAUUCCCGAUGAAGAGGAGAAGGAGCCUGUGAUAUCUCGGCGAAAGAGAAGAGAAAUGAACAAACUUUCCGUUGCCGAGUUAAAGGCAAUGGUUCGAAAGCCGGAAAUUGUCGAAUGGACAGAUACAUCAGCGCCAGAUCCAAGGCUUCUGGUUCACCUCAAAUCGCAUCGCAACGUGGUUCCUGUGCCUUCUCACUGGUCGCUGAAACGAGAAUAUCUAUCGUCGAAGAGGGGAGUCGAGAAAGCCCCAUUUGCGCUGCCGAAGUUCAUUCAGGAGACGGGAAUAUCAGAAAUGCGCGAUGCUGCUCUGGAGAAGCAAGAGCAGGCUACGUUGAAACAGAAGCAGAGGGAGAGGGUUCAGCCAAAGAUGGGAAGGCUCGAUAUCGAUUACCAAAAACUCUACGAGGCAUUCUUCAGGUUUCAGACUAAACCAGAGCUUACACGUUAUGGGGAAGUGUACUAUGAGGGCAAGGAAUAUGAGACUAAUUUGAGACACCUUCGGCCUGGGGAGCUAAGCGCAGAAUUGAAAGAGGCACUAAAUAUGCCUCCCGGUGCACCACCUCCGUGGUUAAUCAAUCAACAGCGUUAUGGCCCUCCUCCAUCUUAUCCUGCUCUGAAAAUUCCGGGUCUAAAUGCUCCACCACCUCCUGGCGCAAUGUGGGGUUAUCAUCCGGGCGGGUAUGGGAAGCCCCCGGUCGAUGAGCAUAACAGACCUCUUUACGGUGGUGACAUUUUUGGUGUCCUACAACCUCAGCAAGCUGUGCAGCAGGGUGAGCCUGUGGAGAAGGAUCUCUGGGGAGAGUUACAGGCACCUGAAUUAAGUGAUGAUGAGAGCGAGGACGAUGAGGAUGACGCAGCCAGCAGCGAAUUUAGUGGAGAUGUUGAUGAUGAAGUGGACACGGGGUUGCAGACUCCCAGUGGGAUGGAGACUCCUAGUGGACUAGUCUCAUCUAUUCCCACCGAGAACGGCGGGCCCGAGAAUAUCACCGGAGAGUUUGACGUGCGGAAGCAUUAUCGCGGAACUCAAACAGAGGAGUCUACGAGCCAAAGAAGCGCUUUCCAGGUUAUUCCUGAAAGGCAGGCGAAUGUUCAGGGUUUCUUUGGGGCUGACAAGGUCUAUGAGCUCCACAAGACCUCGGACGGUCUACCUAUACUGGGUUCCGAGGAUAGUAACAGAAAGCGAAAAAAGCCCGGUGAUGUCGAUGUCUCCCUUGAUCCAGAUGCAUUGCAGAUGGAAGGGGGUAUCGGACAGGCUGGAAUUAGAAAGAUGUACGAGUCGCAGAAGCAACGCGACACAGAUCCUGGGUGGAAUUUCCAAGAAGACUUGAGUGAUAUGAUUGCUCAUGAGAGUCGCAAGAGGCUGAGGAAAGAGGAAGAAAAGCGAAAGAGAUAGGAAAGCCUACAGCUUCUAUUUUGAUCAUCCAAGACCAGCUUCUUUGGUACGUCAAUUCAGAUGAACAAUAUGAAGAUAUUCUAGUUGUUCUACUUUGAUAGGAUAGGUAGUUAGUGGUUAUUUGAUCUAAGCUAGUAUGAUAG